AGCAAACCGCGUGCGGUCACACUGAACAUAACAAACCAGCUUCACGUGGUCCUGCAUAUUUUGUUUUGAUUUGUAAUAAAUAACAAAUAAAACAAAAAUCGAAAAUGGCAUUUGAGGUGCCAGCGUGGGAUAAAGGCGCACUAGCUGUUAAAUUCAAACCUGGAACGAAUCCGGCAAUCGAUGCCCCCAAGACGAAACCGAAGAAACUCAAGCAGAAAAAACCCAAAGUAAAGAAAUCGGAAAGAAAACAAAAAUCAAAAGUGAAGCAGCAAAUAAACAGCACAUACAGACUGGGCAAAGGACCGCUGGCACCGCCAGUUGAAUCCUCAGAUUCUGAAGCAGAUGACGAGAUGCGUGCCAUGCACAAGAUCCGCAGUGGUCGCAUCGAAAAGCAGAAGCCACCAGCCAAAGCAGCAAAGGAUCAAAAGAAACAGCUGACGCUGAAGCCAGCUCUUCUCCAAGCCGCCGUAGAAUCGAUGGAAACGACACCCACUCCUGCAUCUGCCCCUUCCACUAGUGCAGCACCAGAAGGUGCUUUGGCCAACAAACUGCAUGCGGAGCUAAUGGGCGGACGCUUUAGAUACAUCAAUGAGCAGCUUUACACAAUGAACAGCAAGAAGGCGGAGGACCUCUUUCGUUCCGACAGUGGCGCUUUCGAUGCUUACCAUGCUGGCUAUCGCCAACAGGUGGAGAAAUGGCCCUCAAAUCCAUUAAACCGCAUCAUCAAGUUGGUAAAGCGACUGUCGAAAACUGCAGUAAUCGGUGACUUUGGCUGCGGAGAAGGUAAACUAGCGCAAUCGGUACCCAACAAGGUGUAUUCAAUGGAUCUGGUUUCGAGGAGGGCCGAUAUUGUGGCCUGUAACAUCACAAAGACACCGUUGGAGGCACAAGCUCUGGAUGUGGCCGUCUAUUGCCUAUCAUUGAUGGGCACCAACCUUAACGAUUAUCUUCUUGAAGCGAACCGAGUGCUGAAGCUGCACGGCAAUGUUUACAUCGCAGAGAUCCAGUCGCGGUUCGAAGAUGUGCGAGAGUUUAUACGUUUUAUGACUUCAUGUGGAUUUGAUCUCGUUAAAAAAGAUGUGGCGGUGAAUUACUUUUACUUCUUUCACUUCCGAAAGAUGCGACAUGUGGGCAAGGAUGUUAAGCUGAAACCGUUCUCGCUGAAACCAUGUCUCUACCGCAAACGAUAAUAAUUAUUAAUACAUGCAAUAAAUGUAUUUAAAAAGAAA